GCACGUGGCCGUAAAUCGACGCAGUGUCGCAAAAUCAGCUCCUCGCCUUUUACGACACCUCGUUGCCGUAAAGUGUUUUCGUGUACACAUGGUUGUUGAUCAUGGAGGCCAAACCAAGAAAGAAAUCAUUCGCUGCUAAAGAUGGAAAGAAACCUGCCUUCAAGGGGAAAGGCAAAUUUGAGGGUAAACCUCCCGGUAAACACCCUUUCAAACCUCACAACGCAGACAAAAAGAAGCCUUUUGUAAAACCAGGAGGAAAAGGGGGAGCACAAAAAUUCAUGAAGCAAAAACCUACAGAUGGAAAGUUUGUGAAAAAGAGAAAACUGUCCGACGGGGACAGCACAAAGGAAGAAGGAUCUGAAGCAAAGAAACCCAAGUGGAACGAGUUUAAACAGAAGAAAAAGGAGCUGAAACAGAACCGACAACAGAACAACAGGAAAGACUCGUUCCAGACUGUGAUUAGAGCCAAACAAGUCUGGGAGAUGAUCAGAAGGAAGGAUUGUGACAAAGACAAGAAAGAAAAGUUGUUGAAAGAGCUUCGGGAGCUUGUUCGGGGAAAAGUUAAAACAAUUGCAUUUGCUCAUGACUCGACGCGAGUGCUUCAGUGCUUUAUACAGUUUGGAAAUGAUAAGCAAAGACAAGAAAUCUUUGAUGAACUCAAAGAUCACAUGGUGGAGCUGAGUAAAUCCAAAUAUGCUAGAAACAUUGUAAAGAAGUUUUUAAUGUAUGGGAGCAAACAGCAGGUGGGGGAGGUGAUGCUGGCCUUCAAGGGUAAGGUCAGACAGAUGUUGAGGCAUUCGGAGGCUUCGUCUGUGGUGGAAUACGCUUACAACGACAAGGCCAUUCUCUCCCAGAGACUCAUGCUUACAGAGGAGCUCUACGGCAACACCUUCCAAGUCUGCAAGUCCACAGUGUGUCCUACAUUAGAGAAGGUGUUGGAGAGUAAUCCAGAAAAACUGGAGAGUAUAGCAGAUGAAAUGAAACAGAUCCUCACACCAAUGGCUCAGAAAGAAGCAGUUAUUAAACAUUCACUCGUCCACAAGGUGUUCCUAGACUUUUUCCUCCACGCUCCAGAUAAACUCAAAUCAGAGAUGAUUGAGUCAAUAAGGGAGUCAGUGGUGUACAUGGCACACACGCACGAUGGAGCCCGGGUCACCAUGCACUGCCUGUGGCACGGCACAUCCAAGGACAGGAAGGUUAUCAUCAAAACUAUGAAGACGUAUAUUGCAAAGUUUGCAAUGGGAGAGUAUGCACACCUAGUCCUUCUUGCAGCUUUUGAUUGCAUUGACGACACCAAACUGGUCAAACAGGCUGUUCUAUCAGAGCUGGUGAGUUCUCUGGCUGAGGUCAUCAGCAAUAAACAUGGCAAGAAGGUGCUUCUCUAUCUUCUCAGCCCUCGGGACCCCGCCCACCUGCUACCAGAAAUCAUUCAAGUGCUGGAGAAGGGUGACGGAAACGCUCACAGUAAAAAGGACGUGUCUGUGAGGCGUCAGGAGCUGCUGGAGGCCAUAUCUCCUCCCCUGUUGACGUACCUGUGUGAGAAUACUCGCUCUAUGGUGAUGGAUAAGGCCUGCAGCGUGGUGGUCAGCGACAUCCUGGGAGCUGCAGUGGGAGACCUGUGGCCUGCUAUGGGGGCUGUAGCUGAACUGGCGGCUGAAGACUUUGUAGCUGGUGGUGUGGAUGGCCAGCUGCACAUGGCUGAGCACCCUGCAGGCCAUCUCGUGCUGAAAUGGUUGAUUGAGCAGGACGCCAAGAUGAAGGCGGCAGGUCGAGAGGAACGUUUCUCCAGAGUUCUACUUGAAAAAGUGGGCCUAGAUAAGCUGAAAACAUGGGUGUCAGUCAACCGUGGUGCUAUGGUCCUCUGCUGCCUCCUCCAGAGCGCAGACGAGGGAGUGGCGGAGGACGUGAGGACUGCUCUGUGCUCCAUUAUUCCCAAACUGAAAAAAAUUCAGAACUCAAAAGGAGUGGAGGCUCUGCUGGAGAAACUGGCCUAGAGUAAAAUCAGUACUGAUGAGCACCAUACGUUCUUACAGGUUCUCACACUGCCUCCAACCGGUGCUGGACCUCCUCGCCAAGAUCUGAAGAUCUCAACACCCAGACUUGCUUUCCUCUUUUUGGUUUAAGAGUAAUUUUGUAAUUCUGCAAGACAUUCUCAGUCAUGUUGUGCAAAGGAUUUUGUAAUUCUCAUUUUAUGAAUUGUUACUUAUGGAUUUAUAUGUAUGUAAAUACAAAAUAAAUAACUACAUACUCAA